UUCAAGCAGACUCGCAAAAAAAUGAUUUAAAAAUUUAUUCUCACCACAUUUUAGCCUAAAAUGGUGCGAUGAAUUGUAAAAUGUAACGUGUCAAUAUGUAGUUUUCAUCAUGUGAAAUAUCUUGUGUGCCGUAAAGUAGUUCCACGGACCUUCAAAUAUCUUUCCUUCGCCGAGUCGCCAUUUUGCAUUUCAGCUGCAGCAUUGCGGAAAAUAAUGAUAUAAGGAUUUUCAUCAAUAUUCCUCGGUACAAGAUGUCAAAUAUUAAUUCUUAAUGGUUUGACGAAGAUUUCAAAUUAACUUCCGGAUAGAUUAAGAAGGCUCACAAAUUUUAUAUCGGAUACUAUUUUCUUGGGCGCAGUCGUAGAGGAGUAAUUGAGUGAUGUGCAUUUCCUGUCUGAUAAUCAAGAGUUAAUUCAGGAAAAUGUAGAGGAGAUAUAUUAAAAUGGACAUUUUAACAUGACGGAGGUGUCGGUCCAAAAUGACGAGUUUAUUGUGCGUGUCCAGGCACAAGUCAUGACGCGGGAUGACUCCAGUGGGGGUUGGGUACCGAUGGGAGGAGGUGGGCUGUCUAAUGUAGGUCUGAGGAAGGUCACUCGCAAGACGGGAGAAGACCUGCUGCACAAUGAGUAUCUCAUCUAUGGCACAAGAAUAGCUGACAACUCGGUUGUUCUUGACUGCCUUCUAAAGAGAGAUAUUCGAUAUGUGAAAGCUAACCCCAAAUUUCAUCACUGGCAAACCGAUGAUAAAAGGUUUGGCCUAACAUUUGAGCGUUAUGAUGAUGCAAAGGCAUUCGACAAGGGAAUCCGAAGUGCAGUUGCUGAUCUUGUGGACGGGGGAUCAAAUGGCACUACAGAUGGCGAUGAUGAGGUGUUUGCAAUUUUAGAUCUUCCGAUCUCCCGUUCUUCAUCCCAGUCAGCCAGUACAACAUCCACCACAACCAGUAGCCCCACCCCCCAAUCUCCAACCUCGAAUGUCUCCGCCCUGGACCCGUAUCAUGUUCACAACCAUCACCAUGUUCACCGAAUUCAUUAUGUGUCUUCUUCACCUCAUAAAGCCAACAAAAAGCCUGUUACUCCACAGAGUGACAGUUCUAGUAAAUCAGACCACCAGGAGGUGUGGGUCCAUGGCGAUGACCCCAACUCCUUCAGUUCGAAAUCGGAUCAGGGACUUCUAGAUAGUCAUUCAGAACAUGAAAUGAAGGAGUAUUCCUAUGUAAUAAUAGCAAAAACACAAAAACCACACGAAUACAGUUACCCCACUCUGGAAUCUGUUCACAAACCUCCCUCUAAAAGGGAAACGACCAGCAACAUCAAACAUCAGCCUUCCAUACAAGAGCAUCCACCUCUCCCCAAGAAAAAAGACAAGAAACGAACUAAUCAUCCUCUAUUAGGAUCUUCUAAAUUUCGCUGUAAACAUUGCCAUGACAACUUUACACAGGAGGAGAACGGUCGUGGUAGCUGUGAAGAAGCCCCAGAUGGGGUAGAAAAGUGUAUAGAGUGUGUCACCUGUGUUUGGUGUGCAAAAGGACUUAUUUACCACUGUAUGAGUGACCCUGAUGGGGACUAUGGGCACCCUUGCUACUGUGAUCCCAGUGAUGCUAAUAAUUGUAAAAAGUGGACUGCUUUAACAAUUUUGUCAUUUUUUGUUCCGUGUUUAUGGUGCUACUGGCCAUUAACGGCCUGUCAUAAGUGUGGGGUUAGGUGUGGAUGUUGUGGAGGGCGACACAAGGCAGUAUAGUGGAAAAGCAACUGUAUCAACAUCAGUGUCUUCUGCUUGAUAGAAGACUGAAGCUGAGGUCAAUUGAGGAAGACUGGAUGACUUUGGAAGGAGAAUAAUGAGGAUUAGCAUACUUUUCCUCUGCACUAAUCCACUGCAAGCUCCUUAUGGUAGUCUCUAGAUUCCUCAGGAAAACCAACAGAAACACACAGCCUCACCUCCAUGAUUUAUGAAACAAAUGAUGAUAGAGGCUUUAAUUCUACAAGAUCAGCUUCUGCCUUAACUUUUACUCUUGUUAGGCUUCAAGGAGAUGCAGGUUAGCUUUACUCAUCCUCCAGAUAAAUUGAUGCUCAUCCCCGUGUCAGCUCAUUCUACAUGCACAGCUCUAUGUGGAAUAUCAAAACUAGGGUGUAGCAUCAAUUGGCUGAUUCAACUGUCAGUAGACAAAAGCUACCAGAGAGCUUGUUUCCCCUAUGCCUUAUAUCUACUUACAUUUUGAUGCCUAUUUAAUCUUUAUUGUUUUGAAAAGAAUUCUCAUGUUAUUUUAAUGUUCAAAAAGGUCAAAUUGGUGUACAAUUGUAUAUUUAACUGCCACUGUUAUUUCUAGUCACUGUUUUACAACUCUUUUGUAAUUCAUUAUUUUAAGAAUCACUUUAUAGAUAUGCGAAAAGGGAAAGAAUGGUUUGUAGUUGAUAUUUGGAGGGGUAGAAAUUGCAUCCAGAUCAACAGUAUUAAAACUAAUGUCUUUUACAUCUGAAACUACUGUAUUCUUCAGAAAAAUAAUUGGAGACAUUAAAGAAAAUAUCAUAUUUUACAUUUUUAAACUGUGUGAAUUUUACAAUCUGUUGUACAUUUAACGUCUGCGUUUUACAUUGAAUCUAAUUGGAAACCUACCUUGCACUCUUAGGUUUUUAACGUUGGUUAAAUGAAGAUGUAAAAGUUUAUCCUAUUGACGGAUAAUGUGUACCAAGUUUUCUUUAGGUUGUUAUUGUUUUAGUAUUACUGCUAUAGAGCAAACAAUUUUGUUAGUGACAUUUUGUAUGAAUUGUUAGUGAACCUCAAUGGUUUUUGUUUUAUUUCUUUAAAGUUUGUACACACAAUAUAGUCAGUGAUCAUUUUCAGUACAUAAGGAUGAAUUUUACAUAUGUGUUGAAAGUAAGAAUGCAAUGGAAAUUUAAAAUCGUAACCCUUUUAUUGCGAUCCGUGGUUGUCCAUCGUAAAAAUUUUAACAGGAAUUGUGACAAAAUUAAUGUGUAGCAUGUAAAUGGUUUGGGCACUGGGGGAUUUGGCCAAAACAUCUAAAAUAGUGUAAUCUGAGCAUUUAACACCUACACUUGAGUAAAUGUAAAGUUGUAAUGAACUUUGAGUCCAUUGCUAAAAUUUGUGAAAUCCAUGGCCCUAGUGUCCAGGUUCAGGUCAAGUGGUUGGAUACACUAUGGAUUAAGUAAUGAAAAUGCAUUAAAUUUAAGGCUGGGCGAUACUAUUGAUUUAUUACAAGACAAUCCUGAAAAAUAUUUUAAAGAAAUUCAUUUUUGAAUACAGAUAUUUACAGAAUCUAAGGAUGUUAUUUAUGAGAAAAAUUAAUUUUUGUCCUGUUUUUUUUGUUUGUUUUUUUUUUAUAUUUAUUAUUAUUGCUAAUGAAAAUGUAAAUUUUCAGAAUAUUUUUUUUUUAAAUUCAGGUAUACUUUAUUUUUUAAACUAAUUUCUUCACUGUAAAUAUUGCAAGGAAGUCAGGGCCCUGAUUUUCAUUUAAAUUUCAAAAUAGACUUGAAACUGUGCUGCAGAAAUUCAUGGCCAUGAAUCUAAGUGACUAAAGCCACAGGAUUGUCACAAAAUUUUAGCAAAUUUAGGUUUUGGGGAAAAAAAUUACCUUUUUUUCUUCUUCAAAUUUGUACAAUCAUUUUGCUUUAGAAGUAUUGAGCAAACAUUUGUUCCAUCUUUUUACAUCCCGAACUCGUGUAGGGAAUAUUUUAAGUUUGAGAGGUAGGCAAGUGUGUGCUGUCUAUUUUCUAGAGCAACAUUCUUCCUAUUUGUACAUUUUUGGCCAAAAAUAAGGGAAUUUGGAAUUUUUAUUCACUUGUGACCUUCAUCUUAAAAUUGAGACUCAUUUUGAGAUAGACCUGACCUGUUUCAGUAAAUAAUGAUCAACUAAUCUACAGUUUUGCCCAUGCUGACUUCUCAGAAUAGGGGCCAUAUAAGGCUCAUAUUCUAUCUUCUCCAUUAUAUAUGCAUUGAAUUGAAAAUAUUGCAAUAUAUUGUGAUUCAAAACUUCAGGCAAUACUCGGCCCAAGUUAAAUGCUUCAAAAUUAUCUUAACUCCUUUACAUUUAUAGCUGAUGGUGGCUGUAAUGAGCUUGAAGAGCUCUACCAAGUGUGAAAUUCAUGACCCUUUUCAGACCUUAGGGUGGGGGCUAUUUGGAUGAUAUAGUGAAAAUGCAUUAGAUAUUUGAAAGUCUUCAAUCUGUGCUCCAGAACAUCUUGCACAUAAAUAGAUAUGACCUUGAAGGCCUUUAUCGAUUUGUGUAAUUAUUCAUAACCCCUGGGUCAGGUGUUCAAACCAUGGGGCUAUAUUGACUCAUACAUGAAAAUGAACAUCUUUACUCCUGCACAUUAGCAGACGAAGUGGGUGCAUGAAUAUAGCCACUACAAAGUUUGGAUGGUAUCAUCAUGUUUGUCCAUCCAUGUUCCAUCCCAAUUCCUGUCUGGAUUGUAGCUAUGUAAUAAAGAAACAUUUAGAAGCUUAUAUUUGAUGCAAGGGUUGCUAAGGAUCAGACAUUGUGUCUGAACCAAAAGUUACUAGGUCAGAACAUGGUGAUAGAGAUGCAUUAAAUGCUCAUACUUGGCGUAAAAGGUGUUAUUUGUGGUCAGGCAUUGGGCCUUAAAAGUGGAUGAGCUCACUUUUGUUGGAGGUAUCACUUAUGAAAGGAUGGAGAAAAAAGUGAAAUGAGAUCAAAAGAGAAUUUUAUGACCCUGGAGCCAGAUGGUAUGUCAUUACAUUUAAAUAAGGUCAUUUGGUCAAGGUCACUGGUAUAAAAAAAAUUGUCUAAGGGCAUAGUUUUGUAAUGGAGAAAUAUUAGAAACUUUUACUUAGAACAAAGGUUGUCUAUGACUGAACCAAAGAUUUAACCAGGAUGAAAGUAAUUCAGAAAACAGUUAGAAAUGAUUCUUCACAAAAAUCUUGACAACAUUCAGUUUUAGGAGUUUGAAAGAUACACCCCUUUUAAUUGGUAGUUUUUCGUUGUGUGGUUGAUACUCAGGUGAUCCAUUGAGCCUCUUUGUUUAAGAUUCUGAACAGCUAUAUUUUCCCCUUCCCCAAUAAGCACCCCCACACUUUCAACUGAAAGAGAAGGUACCAUUCAUAACUAUCCAAGUUGUAAUGGGAGGGGUGUAAUACUGCUUCAGUUUGUAAAAUCAGCACAUACUAAUUUAUGCUUGUAUAUAGUUUCCUAUGGUGUUUUUGACAUAAGUUAUAUAGGAAAACCUCAUGCUUUUUAUCAACAGGAUUAUCAUUAAAAAAAAUUAUACACUUUAAAUGUGCUGAUCUAAUAACAGCUCUAUUUCCUCAUUCUUUUUGCAACUAGGGAUGCUUAUUGGGGUGAAUAUGGUACUGUGUUAUUGUACAGUGUAGGAAAGACAACUCUUUGUUAUGAAAGUACAGUGGAGGCCCAUCAAUUUGCAGUGUGGAAGAUGUGCUUAUGAAUAUAUGAUGUCUUUAUGCUCGCCUUGAUGUGUGUGUUUAGGAUUUUUAAAACUGUGAAGAGGGGAAUAAGCUAUGUCUUAAGUAUAUGUUUCUGUUCUUUUAUAUGACUUUGAAUAAAUAUUGUUACAAGUAUUACUGCAAUUCUGAUUGUUGAUCAUAUAUACAUGUAUAUCAAUUUUGUUGUAUAUUUUUUUUUGUAUGAUACAAUCAUAUUUUUUAAGAGUUAAGUAAAAGUUGGUUUAGUUUGAGUUUUUGUUAACAGUAUGGAUUAAAAUGUGUAUCCAGAAGGUUGUACAGAUUGAACACCCAUGACAUAUUUGUUGAUCCAACAAGACAGGAUUAAUACUGCACAUAUCAACUGGUUUGGAUGGCAAUUAGAUGCUCCCCUUCCCAAUUAAAAAAAUAUUGUACCAUAAAACAACCAUUGUUGUUAUGGACUAAGAUCUGCAAUUGUUUUUUCCUUCUAUUCUUUCAAAGUUGACUAAUACUACAUUUUUUAGGAAUUUGCUUGUCAAAUUGUGUUUGUGCUGUUAUUCUUUGUUUUAAAAAUGAUAGAUUACUGUCAAAAUUGUUUAAAUGUACAUUUAACAAUUUAAACAGCAUUGAAGUAAAUGUUGUUUGUGGUCCUACAUGAGGAUUUCUCAUUAAUUCUUUUUAGUCUGCAGGUUAUUUUUUUUUUCAUUGUAUGCUCAUGUUUGUGUUAUUUUGUACACAGGUUUGUCAUCCAAUGCUACAAAAUCAACUGUUGUGAUUUUAUACGGAUAAAUGUGCAAUUUUUGUGUAUUUACAAUGCUUGUUUAUUCUCUUAUAAGUUUUUCGUUUAUGGAGUUCAUUUCUGUGUAUCAUGUUUCAAAACCAUACGGAAAGUAGUGCCAGAUGGUCUAUCGUAGUGUUAGAUGAUGAGCUGUGAAAAAAUCAUGAUGUUUUUAGUUUGGCAUACGAAAAUUAUCAGGUCUAAGAGUUGUUAUAUGCAUAAAUGGCAAAUGUUUUAUGAUAAUCAUGUUGCAAAGUAAUCUUUCAUGAUGAAAUAAUUUUUUUUCCUCAGUAAAGUAUUAUGAAAUAAUUUAAGAAUUGUAAAGUAGCAGAUUUUAAGAAUUAUGUAUUAUUUCAAACUACUGUGAAAAUAAAACUGUAUAUUCCACAUGUAUUCAUUAUGAGUUCUUUGAUUACACAUAAAUCAUUUUGUAAGUUGUAAUCAUCUCUCCAGAUCUGAAUGUUUCCCUAGAAUGAUGGAAAAAGACUUUGCAAACAUGCAAUGAGUAGUCUGCGACAUUGUGAUCUGUCAGUGCUUUUUGUUAAUGAUAGCUUUUUAUGGAGCAUUGAAUGACGCUUACGACCCAGUACUUGUGGCCUGUACCAACAAUGUCCGAACACAAAACAUGUCUGCUUGUCCAAGUGUUUCUCCUAUUGUUUCUGUUUGUCCUUUGGUUCCAUGUUAUUCUGAAUUCAGUUCACUGAUUUGAUUGGUAUGAGACAAGGAGGAACACUUUGUACAAGACUAUUUGUUCUGUUUCUUCAUCAACAGGCAGCUGUCAAUAUAAUGGAGGAAUAUGGAAUAUUACACCCAUUUUUUGUACUUUGUGAAUUUUUGUAUCAGUCUGUCAGUCUGUCUUCAGUGAGCAGACUUUUUGUGUUGUCUAAAUGAAGAAAGCUUUCAAAUGAGAACUUGUUCUGUAACUUAUAUUGCACUUGUCAUGUUUUGCAUACGUGUAACAGAAUUCAAUUUGAAAAGAUACAGUAAAAUACAUUAUGUAUUUUAUUAUUUGAAAUAAAAUAAAACAUGCAUUUACAAACAUAAAA